CCGUACUCUCUUUUUCUUCGCUACUCUUCAUUUGAGCUCGAGAUGAGAGAUCUCAAUGGCGUCACCGCCUUCCUCCUCCUCUCGUUCCUCCUCAUCUUGCCUUCAUCCACUGCCUUCUACCUCCCCGGCGUCGCUCCUCGCGAUUUUCAAAAGGGUGAUGAACUUCAGGUGAAGGUGAACAAGCUCUCAUCAACGAAGACGCAACUUCCUUAUGACUACUAUUUCUUGGAUUUUUGUAAACCGUCCAAAAUCAUGAACAGCGCAGAGAAUUUAGGAGAAGUCCUUCGUGGUGAUCGCAUUGAGAACUCUAUCUAUGCGUUUAAAAUGAGAGUAGAUGAUACCUGCAAAGUAGCUUGUCGGAGAGAGCUUACUAAAGAAACUGCAAAGAAUUUCAGGGAAAAGAUUGACGAUGAAUACCAAGUUAACAUGAUCUUGGAUAACCUUCCUGUUGCAGUCCCUAGACAACGGAGAGAUGGAAGUCCAGCACCAAGUUAUGAGCAUGGUUACCGUGUUGGUAUUAAAAAUAAAGAUGACAAGUAUUACAUCAAUAAUCACCUGAGCUUUAAAGUCAUGUACCAUCUGGACUCUGAGACUGAGUAUGCACGGAUUGUUGGCUUUGAGGUUAUUCCAACCAGCAUAAAACAUGAGUACAGUGAAUGGGAUGAAAAGAACCCGAGAGUGGCUACAUGCAACAUGAACACUAAGAUUGCUCCAGGUAGCCAUUCUCCUCAGGAAGUAACCGAUAGUGACUAUGUUGUAUUCACAUAUGAUGUUACCUUCAUGCCCAGUGAAAUUAAGUGGGCUUCUCGAUGGGAUACCUACCUUCUCAUGAAUGACGAUCAGAUCCACUGGUUUUCCAUCAUUAACUCUUUCAUGAUUGUUCUCUUUCUAUCAGGCAUGGUCGCCAUGAUCAUGAUGCGGACCCUAUACAAAGACAUAUCCAACUACAAUCAGCUUGAGACUCAAGAAGAAGCCCAGGAAGAAACAGGAUGGAAACUAGUCCAUGGUGAUGUUUUCAGAGCCCCAGUCAACUCAGGUCUUCUCUGUGUUUAUGUAGGAACUGGGGUUCAAUUCUUUGGAAUGACCUUAGUGACAAUGAUAUUUGCAUUGUUUGGUUUCCUCUCUCCCUCAAAUCGUGGCGGUUUGAUGACUGCUAUGGUCCUUUUAUGGGUCUUUAUGGGUCUAUUCGCUGGAUACUCAUCGUCACGUUUAUAUAAAAUGUUCAAAGGUACAGACUGGAAGAAAAACACCCUGAAGACUGCAUUCAUGUUUCCUGGCAUAGUAUUUGCCAUCUUCUUCGUUCUGAACGCCUUGAUUUGGGGGGAAAAGUCAUCUGGUGCAGUUCCCUUUGGUACCAUGUUUGCACUCGUAUUCCUCUGGUUUGGCAUCUCGGUGCCCUUGGUCUUUGUAGGUAGCUAUCUAGGCUUUAAAAAACCCCCAAUUGAAGACCCGGUAAAAACUAACAAAAUCCCUAGACAAAUACCCGAACAAGCUUGGUACAUGCAGCCAUCUUUCUCUAUUCUAAUCGGUGGUAUACUCCCAUUUGGUGCCGUUUUCAUUGAGCUCUUCUUCAUCCUAACCUCGAUAUGGCUGAAUCAAUUCUACUAUAUCUUCGGAUUCCUGUUCAUAGUCUUUGUUAUUCUCCUCAUAACUUGUGCUGAGAUCACUAUAGUGCUUUGCUAUUUUCAACUCUGCAGUGAGGAUUAUAAUUGGUGGUGGAGGGCAUAUUUGACUGCAGGUUCUUCUGCAUUGUAUCUCUUCUUGUAUUCAGCGUUCUAUUUCUUCACCAAGUUGGAGAUCACAAAGCUUGUUUCUGGGAUCCUUUACUUUGGUUACAUGUUGAUUGGGUCUUAUGCAUUCUUUGUGUUGACGGGUACGAUUGGGUUCUAUGCUUGUUUCUGGUUCGUUCGCAAGAUAUAUUCAUCGGUGAAAAUAGAUUAGGAUAUAUUGUAUUGAGAGAUGGUGAUUUUGUAGGAGGUAGAAUAAAAACAAUGAAAAAAAAAGGAAUCAGUUUGUGUUAACUGUUUUUUUUAUACCUUCUGUUGUUUUUAAGUUAUUAGAAACUGAACUCGUAUGUUUAUGUUUGUCUAUAAAGUUUUAUGUUUUCAGAUGAGAUAGUUUUGUGUGUUUUAA